GCAGCAGCAAAGAAGCGGCCACAUGCUCCAAGUGGGGGGUGUUAAAAGUUGAGACUCGAUUCCAGGCGCUGUCGUGUCGAUCGAAACAGGUGCUGCUAGCAAGUCAUGAUGGUUGAAUCUGCCUCUGAGACAAUACGUUCCACUCCCUCCAGUCAGAAUGGGGUCAGCAGUCUAAACAACCCAACUGAUGGAGGUGGUGGUGGUGGUGGUGGUGGGUGUGGAAGAGAAGGCGGAUCCAGUGGAGAAACCAAUGGAGAGAUGAGCCCAGUGGAACUCCUGCAUUUUCAGCAGCAGCAGGCUCUCCAGGUGGCACGCCAGUUCCUUCUACAGCAGGCAACAGGGCUGACCUCUCCAAGCAGCAAUGAAAAUAAGCAACCAGCUGUCCAGGUCCCAGUGUCUGUGGCCAUGAUGUCUCCUCAGAUGAUCACACCACAACAGAUGCAGCAGAUCCUGUCUCCGCCCCAGCUCCAGGCCCUGCUGCAGCAGCAGCAAGCAAUUAUGCUGCAACAGCUGCAGGAAUACUACAAGAAGCAACAGGAGCAACUUCAUCUGCAGCUACUGACCCAUCAGCAGGCUGGAAAGCAGCAAGCCAAAGAGCAGCCAUUAGGGAAUAAGCAGCUGGCAUUCCAACAACAGCUACUGCAGAUGCAGCAGCUGCAGCAGCAGCACCUGUUAAACCUCCAGCGACAAGGGCUGGUCAGUUUACAGCCAGGACAAGGCACCGUUCCUCUGCAGACCCUUCCACAAGACCUUCAGCAGCUGUGGAAAGAGGUGACUGCUACUCAGCCUGUAGAAGACAACAUCAAGCAAGAGGGACUUGACCUGACUACCAACACCUCCAAUUCUACCUCGUUUUCGGCCGCCAAGGUCUCUCCUCCAAUUUCCCAUCACCCUCUCCCCAAUGGACAGAACGCCAUGCUCGCACAAAGGAGGGACAGUUCUUCUCAUGAGGAUACUCCUGGCUCUCACCCUCUGUAUGGACAUGGAGAGUGUAAAUGGCCAGGUUGCGAAACCCUCUGUGAGGACUUGGGACAGUUUGUCAAACACCUCAAUACAGAACAUGCACUUGAUGACCGAAGCACCGCUCAGUGUCGAGUUCAAAUGCAAGUGGUACAACAGCUGGAAAUACAGCUAGCUAAAGAGAGUGAGCGUCUCCAGGCAAUGAUGGCCCAUCUCCAUAUGAGACCUUCAGAGCCAAAACCCUUCAGUCAGCCUCUGAACCUGGUUUCCAGCGCCACCCUCUCUAAGAGCACUUCUGAUACCUUCCCUGAUGGAUUACCUCAUCCCCCCACCUCUGCUACCGCACCCAUUACUCCACUACGGCAGGGUCCUUCUGUCAUCAGCUCAUCCACUUUACACAGUGUAGGACCCAUUCGCAGGAGGAACUCAGAGAAAUUCUGCACGCCAAUCUCCUCAGAGCUUGCACAGAAUCAUGAGUUUUACAAAAAUGCCGAUGUCCGCCCCCCCUUCACAUAUGCCUCACUUAUCCGGCAGGCUAUCCUCGAGACACCUGACAGGCAGCUAACGUUGAAUGAAAUCUACAAUUGGUUCACACGGAUGUUUGCUUACUUCAGGAGAAACACAGCUACCUGGAAGAAUGCUGUACGCCACAACCUGAGCCUUCAUAAGUGCUUUGUGCGAGUGGAAAAUGUCAAGGGAGCCGUCUGGACUGUAGACGAACUUGAGUACCAAAAGAGAAGGCCACCAAAGAUGACAGGGAGUCCAACUUUAGUCAAAAACAUGAUUUCUGGCCUUAGUUAUGGAGCACUUAAUGCCAGCUACCAGGCAGCCUUGGCAGAAAGUAACUUCCCUCUUCUGAACAGCCCCACCAUGAUCAACACAAGUUCCACUAGUGGCAUGCUGCAUGUUGGUCACGAUGACGUAAGCAGCACUGUAGAACAAGUCAACAGUAACGGCAGCAAUAGCCCCCGACUUUCACCACAACAAUAUAGCCAUCAAGUCCAUGUGAAGGAAGAACCGACCGAAACAGAGGAUGACAGCAGACCUGUUUCACUUAUGGCCACAACCAAUCAGAAUGUGACGAUUCCUGAUGAGAGAGACCUGGAGGAGGAGUUGCCAGUGGAAGACUUGUCUUAAGGGCCUUUCCCCCUCACUAGGGCCUCGCACUUCCCCAGAGACAAAGCAAUGGCUCCCACCUCCUCAAGGUGACCUUCAGCAUUAUCUUGUUUAAGGCACUUCUGCAAAGCAAAAGGGUUUCCUUGAGUCUACCCAUUGCUGAAGGCACACCUUUCUUUCUCUUCUGUUACAUCCCAAUGACUCUUACAAGGACAUUCACAGAGGGGGAUGUACAAAGACAAAAAUACCAGAGUUGAGCUUUUCCCCUUCCUUUCUUUAAAUUUUUUUUUUUGAUUUGUAAUUGGUGAACGAGGAUGGUAGGUUGUUUCUGUCCGAAAACGUCUUUGUUUUCCCCUCUCCCAUCACCCCACCCCUAUGGGGAUAAAAAGAAGAUGUCUCGUAUUGUCUGCUCUGUGUUCUGUCAUUUUCAGCUCAUGUGCUGUGUUUCCAUAAAUCAAGAAUUUGGAAGCAUCCAGUCCAACGGGGGGCAGCAUCCAAGCCAUGAGCCUCUGUGAAUGUUCCCCACUUUUCCUUGGAAAACAUUUCUAAUAGCCUGCCAGUUCAUCCCACUGAGAACUUUGCACUAGGAGGAAUCUUUUCACACACACAAACACCAUGAUCCAUCUAAUACGAUCUAUACAUUCUGGAACAACCGCUGGAAACAAGAACCCCUGCAGUGGCCAUGAUAUUUCUGUUCAUUUUCUGACUGAGAGAGAAACAAUGACAAAAAAAAUCCCAAACUGGGUGUACUUCACACAUUGUAAGUCAGCAAGCAGCCAAAGGGUCUCUUGCAUGCAAAAUCACUCGGUUAUUCUUUCUCCAACCUGUGUUUGUGCAUCUCUCUUUCAAGUUCAAGAAGCAGUCAUGCUGGACAGUUGGUCUUCAGUCCAAAAUUUUACUCAUCAAUAAAGCCCAGGGAUGAAUACCCAUUCUGUGCCAUCACAUAUUGUGAAACUACCAGAAGCCAAUACCUUGACAAUUGGAAAUCAAGCUGAUGGAGGUCCCGCAUGAGACUGAAUUCAGGGUGUGACUAACUUCUGCAGCUUCUGCUUCUUCCUUUCAGCUUCCAUUCUGUCCCUUCCAUUUAAAAAAACAACAACAAACACUUCUCUGAGGAUGAGGCCAGAAUGUGUGACUAUUGCUUGUUUAUGGGGAGAAGUGGUGAGAAGUGAAAAGGCCUAGUAGGUGUGAGUGAAGCUGUCUUCACAAAGUCAACAAAACCUGAAGCACUUGGGGUGGGAUGGGGAAGGGAAAAGGAACAGGCCAAUGUGUGUGGAUGUAGAAACAAACUAAGAGCUGGUUGACCAUGCAAAACUCAAAGCAAUAUAUAUAUAAAUAUAUAUAGAGAGAGAGAGAGAUUAUAUAUGUAAGGUCAACAAAACCUUAAUUUGUGACCAAACACAGCAAAGCUAUGAUGAAGCAGUCUGCUCCUUCUAGCCAUUAGGAAGUCUAGUGCAAACAAAUCCGGCCCCCACAACCAAUGUGUUAGUCAUUAGUACAGAGACAGAAGGUACUAAUGAGAGGGAACAAGAAGUUUCCCAAAUAUUAUGUAGAACAAGAACAUCAUUCAGGUGAACAAGCAGUGUUAACCAAAAAUUUUCCUGCAUCUUUUAAUUUUUGCCAGUUUUGUGUGCGUUGCCUUGCGUCACAAUAUAUGGGAAAAAAUAUCCUUGUAGCUUUCUUUAUCACAAGACAGCAACAGGUUUCCAAAGCUUCCUCUGUCCUCCCUCCACAAGAGGGCAAACUCUUUCUUGUUGCCGCUUCCAAAAGCUUCCUCCUUUUGCCACUGAGACUGGCAAGCUGAGGUAAAUCAGAAGUGACUGUAGGGCUUGCGUAUGGUGGGUGAAGAAAUAUGGGUACUGUGCUCCUGAUUCUAAAGCAGGCCCGUGUGUAUUUUGCCUCAUCUGUAACCUGCAUUAAAGGUCUACUUGGGCUACAGAAGGCUCACCCAAAAUGCAUAGUCUGGUUACUAGCUGGCACUUGACAACUUGGUUUAAUUUCCAAACCAGCAUGGGAUUUUCUGCCCUUUGUGUUAGAACAGUAAACUGCCACAGCCAUGCUUGAACACUGGAGUUAAGCACAGAUCAGUUUGCUGGAUAUUUCUCCCUGUUCUAAGGCCCCUGAGGGCAUUACAUCAUAUUUCUAAUUAAUUUGUCUUAAGAAUCCUUUGCACUGUUCUGUGUUUUAUAAUUGCCCAAUGCUUGUUCAUUGCUCCAAGCACCAUUCAAUUCAGGGGGUAUUUAGUAGAGUGAAGAUAAAUGCAUUUUGGGUAAAGAGGUAGUUCAGCUACUCAAAGUGAUGUCUGUUUCUCCCUAUACAGUGCAUUCUAAUGGUGUUGAAACUCCUAUUUAAAGUGCACUUUCAACAGCUGACAGACCAUGAUAAUCCCCCCUCUUUAAUUCCCAGGUUUAGUUCACAGAAUGACAAGAAAUCAACUUGUGCUCCUUGUGUUUUUUAACCUCUACUUUACCUUCUCUUAAUGGCAGUCUUCCUAUAUACCCCUGAUUCUGUGGUAGAUGAAUAAUGGUUGGAAUCAAGAGUGGAUGCCUCACUUAGUAAAAGGUGCUCCCUAAGAAGUCUUUGCAACUUCUCUAAAGCCAUUUAGCAGAGUCCUCUGAAGUCUGCCUGCUCCAUUUUCCUCAUGGACACAUCUUCUAGAAGGCUCCCCAGUCAACCGUGCUAACAAAUUUCUGUCUUAAAUUCCAGUAUGCUACAUGGCACCAUCUCUGCCACCUUCUUGGCCCAUCUCCCUUUUUUCCCUUAAGGAUUUGACUAAUAGAAGAGGAGUUUAACCCUUAAGUCGCAGUUUAUUGUUGCUUUAUGCUUCAGAGAUUAUUUUUAUCUAAACUAUUGUAUUGCCGUGUAACUCAAAGGAAUUGUACUUCCACACUAAAGCAUUCCUUCAAAUAACAUGAUUAAUUGGUCUGGGUUUUAUCAGAUCUAAACAAAGUCAAAAGCAGGUUGAGUGAAAAUAGUCCCCCUUCUUUAUUGAAUUACAGCUGCACAAAUGCAGGAAUAUCAUAGUCUUCAUUCAGAAAACUACCAAUGUUUGGAGUUUCCAUUUCCUGGAGCCUACACUAGAGGUCUCCGCUGAACAUACAUUUCUCCCUACUGUUUCCUAGUUUUUCCAAUAGAUAGCAGAAUUAGAGACAUCACCUAUAAGAACUGAGUGGCUCUAAUUUGAAGGGAAGUGGACUAUAUACCUAUAGUGAAAAAGGAGCAAUCUUUAAGCUGCAGUAAGUUGGAGGCGACCAUGCUUAAGAUAUGUUAAUCAAAUUGCAGAAGCAUAUAGGAGGUCUUCAGAGAGACUAUCCACAGCCAGCAAUUGAUCUUCAGCCAAGAUUGCCACAUAGAAGCUGAGAACUCCUCAAAGCCCUAUAUGACUUAUCCAUCUAUCACUCCAGGUCCAACUCAACUCCAGAAGCCAUCCAUCAUUAGUCUGAACACACAUCACACCUCACUUUUCCUCUUGGGACCACUUUUAAAUGCCUCCCUAGCUACUCUCUACAGAAUGUUUUACAAUUGGCUUAACCAUUAACCAAAGACCUUUCUUAGACAAGAAGCAUAAACCAAAACACUUCUGUUUUAUUUUGUUCUGUCUGGUGCUUUUUUCUGAUUUAUUCCGACAUUGGCCAAAAAAGAUAAAUUCACAAAGAUCCUACACCCCCUAGCCCUUUGUCACUUUCUUUUGAUUAUUUUUUAAAUUAUUAUUUAAACCAAAGUUUACAGGUGCUGUUUUGUACGUCUCUAAUGAAGGUAGGCCAGAAUCAUGGAUUGCUGCUUUGUUUGCUGUUUGUUCUUAAUCAAGGGUACCCUGUGGACUCUAGAUAGAGUUUGCAUUCCAUGGGUCACUUCUGAACCUUUUCCCACUACACUUUUAUCCUUCCUUUAUAUAUCAUAACUACCUUCAUUUCAGCUCUUCAGCAAUUUUUUUCUGCACCAGUUGGUAUUUUUCUCUUAUUUUCAGUCAUUGUCUCUUUAAUUACAAAAGGUGUUAUCCUUAUCCCUCCUCCUCAUCUUCCAAAAUAAUUGGGAUCCAUGUCUGUUCUUUGAGGCAUUGUCUGGACAAAGAUAUUGCUCAAAAAUAGCAGACUCAUUGUAGUUCCUCAUGCCACCCUAUGCAUUGCAUAGAAUAAAAUAAUGGACUUUUGAACUGCCCUGUUUCGGACUGUAGGGGGUAUGUGUGGAGGGGCAAUGUCAUAUUCUUCCAAUGCCUCACCUUUGUCCAAAGCUCAAUAGCUUUUAACUAGUGCCGCAGGAAGAAAACUUGGUAGUUGUCUUCCUGCUGCAGUAGUUUAUUAUAUAUAUAUAUGGAAUUUUUCAUGUGAGCAUGAAAACAUUGACAUCCACACAUCCCUACAAUUUGAGAUAGCACAUUCCAGAAAUCUACCAUCUCAUUCUGUGCAGUGUAUAAACUUAGGUCCAUUGAAUCAUGAUGAAUCAAGACAGUCUUCUGUUCAGUUACUCUGCAAACAACUCCCAAAGUGGAGUGGCUAUUCCCCAUUGUUAUAAAUUUCUUCCUUUCCAUCCAUUCCUACUGAUGCAGCUGCUUAGUUACUAGUUUGAUCUCUUCAAAGAGGCUGCCAUCUUGACUCACUGACCUCAGUCUGUUUAUACUUCUACCUGGUACAAUAUUGAUUCUGUGUGUUGGGCAUCUGCAGCUGGUCCUGGGCUGCCCAGUAUAUGUUGUUCUGCCAGUAUUGACAUGGUGUUUCCUGGUACUGUGUACAGUCAAGGUCUGAACUGUAACCAUUCCCCCUUGUGGGAUUAUCUCUCUAGAAAUAUAAUUGUCUCUGUUUAAACCAAAACCUUUGCCUUCCUGUUUGGGUUUGUUCGCCUUACCUACUUAAAAGGAGAGGUCCAAGGAAAGGGAACAUGGUGCUCAUGGGUAAUAUGUUUACCACCCACUAUCCCAAACCAGUAGGAAGAGAAAUAACUGACAAAUCAUGCCUUUACUGUUGGUUAUCUGAUAGCCAGUCUAUUAAAAUGGUAAAACUUUGCCUGGAUUGUGUCACUUGAGGCUGCAGAUAGGAAAUCCAUCUUUGAAUGCUGUCUGAUUUUGGGGCGAGGUGGGGGAACUCCAGGAUAUGCUUAUUGUCAGGGAGAAAUCUAAGCUAAACUCUUUUCCCUAACUUGCUACUUUUCUUCUGAGGGGAGCUACUCAGACAUGCAACACCCCUCCUGCAUACGCAUAUACCUGCAGCUUAAAAGUGGGUAGCAUUGUAAAGCUUUCCAACAGAAUCAGAGUAUACAUAAAGAGGGACUGAAUUGCAGUUGGAAAAGCCAUGAUGGUUUCAGAUAACUUACAUUGCAAUGGUAUUGACUUUCCCACCAAUAAUGUCUAUAUCAUUGGAUUAGGCAACGUAUUACAUUUCCAGUAGAAGCAAGAUCUGUGUCCACUCACAAGUACAGUGUUUUUAGGGAUCCCAAGGCCUGACCCAAAAGAAAGCUUUUCCAGUCCAUGAUACAUUGUUUCCCUUCUCUGUCAAUUAUAGCUCCUCUGCAUGCAGCAGUAUUAAUGUAUACAUAUUCAGAAAAUAGUAUUAGACCAAGUUUUCGCUGAACUGAAAUCCUGUGGUCUGGGCCAUAGUACAAACUAGAGGAGAAGGCCUCACAAUGUACAUACAUUCCCUUCCUGUAGAAAACGAUAGUGUUAAGGUUCUCGUUGAUACUUCAUUUUCUACAUGCAACAAUUUUUUGUAUAGUCAGGCAUUGUAUAGUCAGACCCACAUACAGUCUGAGAAGAUUCAAUCCAGACACAGGUUUACCAUGUCAGUGAAAGCUAUGCCAUUAUAUAACUAAUCAUAGAAGGAGAACUAUGUAUGCUCAUCUGUGAUGGAAAUUAUUAGUGUUUGGUUCCUUCAGCAAGUAAUUCCUGCCUCACAGAAUGCCAGACUGGCAUGUAAUCCUGUUUUGCAAUCAACAAGGUUUCAAACAUUGAAUGUGCUGUUUUCAAACAUACGUCUUGCAUGUUGAAGCCAGGAUUUUGCUACAGGCUUGGCAUAAACCUCUCUAGCUUUUGAAUCAAUUCCUGGUCCUGAGGGGAACCAGCAUGUACCUCUGAAGUUUGGCUAAUAAAAGAUGAGAUCUUGAAGAGUGGGUCACAAUAUGUCAAGCUUAUACCUGUGGACAUUCAAAUGACUUAAUGUAAAGCUGUUCCUCUUUAUUUCUCCCCCGUCCCCAUGCUGUGGUUUGUUAUUGGCAAGCACUUUUUUACAGCUGGAAUUUGAUUUCAUCUUGCUCUCUUACAUUGCUUACCAUUGUAAAAUGGUACUGCAUUGUCCCCAUAAAAAAGGGUACUGCAAAGCAAGAGUGUUCUGAUCUUUGCCUUAUAAGUUCUUGGUCAUCUACACACUCUGUCACACACAUAUGGAGGCCCCUUUGAUUAGGUUUCCAUGUGUAUUUUUUUGGCUAUUUACAUAUAUUAAACAACAAGGCUCAGCUCUUGUAGAACUGCAAACACUGUCAACAGAGCAGCAGACCUCCGAUUUAUUCAUAUCAAUGGCAGGUUUCUCUGUUGGCUGUCCCUGUCAGUAGACUAUGGUCUGCUCUUCUCACAGAAGAAAGUUCUCUAGUAACAAGCAGGAUAUUCUUUCAUUUGGCUUAAACUUGAUUAACACUCAACUCUUAAAGGGACACCGACCAGAAAAUGUAGUUCAGUACCACUGAUGCAAGGUGUCACAAAGGCUUUCUUUGAUUUUCAAAAUUAUUGGGCUCUACUUCACCUUAAAGAAGGGAAACUUAACUGUGAUGGUUUUCUUAUUGUAUAAACCAUUUAAAAAGAGAUUAAGGCUAUGAUUAGCAACAUUUUCUUUUGUAAUCUGUAGUUUAAACCUGAUUCAAAUUACGUUACAUAAUCUCUUAUGUCCAGUCUUGGGCUUUGUAUGUUCUAGAAUUCUUUUGCCUGAAACCCAGGAAAAUUUUCUUUAAUGUUCAGCCUUUCUGAGAACACUUUAAUAAAGGGGCUUUUCAGACUGAUAACAAACUCUUUAGCACCAAUCAACAACAUUAGGCAUAGUUAAUGUGCGAGUAAUUCUAGGGCACACAAUAACCCUGCUCUUUGGUAGGGUUUGAACGAUUACACUGGCAUAAAUCCAGAUAAAUUGAGAGGUCAAGAGCCCCCAGGGAUUCCAGGUAAUAGAAGGAUAUGAUUUCCUCGGUAUUAGUAGAAUAAGUUGGGCAAUCAAUAUAAUUUUUUCUAGCCCCUUUCUGACAAAAUAAGGCUGUAAAAUGGGAGACGCAAUGAUAUAUAUAUCCCAUUGAAUCCUCUGGCCAAACCUGUACCAAAGUUAUGCUUUCAUCUGCAAGGUUAUUUCUUUGUCUAGCAGUGAAAAAGUGUUUGCCUUCUCCAUAGAUUUGUGACUAACUAGCCUUUGUUUUCUUGUGGCAGGUUCCAAGUGCUAUUCUACUUCUGUUCAAUUUUCACUUGUUCAGCAAUGCCACUUUUAAAAAUACAUCCCACAAAUAUAUGCAAACACAAGUACACACAUGGAACUGUCCAAAUAUUAAUAUAUGAGACGAUCUUUUAAACACCUGUUGCAUCUAUGGUUUUUUCUACAUCAUCAGAAAUUCAUAUUGUAUUGCUAUUGUUCCACAUGUCAUCUUGACAGAAUCGAAUAGAUGUAUGUUUUAUUUGGCUUGAACCACACACACACACACCAAUUGUUGGACCAUCAGCAUGCCUCUUAGCGGUCUUUUCUUUGCCUGCAAAUAUGACAUUUCUAACCUUUCUUUUAGGUACACUUGUUUUUCGCACACACAACUUUUCACACAUAUCUUUCCACAAUACACCAUUUCACUCAAACCACAAGUAAUACUUACAUUACAAAUAUAUCAUGGCUUUGUUGUUACCUCAAAAUGGAUUUUAAAGGAGUUAUGUGGGAAAGACCAAACACAACUUGUGGCAGGAUAGUGCGUGUAUGUAUAUAUUGAUAUAUAUGCUGGUUAAAAACCUACUAAAAGUAGUUUAUUGUUGUCUGUUUAACUAUCCUGUGAUGAAACUAAUGCAGGGAAUAUUUUAGGAAAGGUUUUUGUUUUCCUUGUUCUGGAAUUUAGGAAGCCAUUCUUGUCUCUCUGUUUGACUUGACUUGGAUGCUGUUCCAAUUCUUAUGUUGUCUAUGGGCUUUCCCCCCUUGUAAACUAGCUGGUAGAAAUGGUGAGGGUGGGAGGAACCAGAGAGACAAUUGCCAAAAAAAUGGACACAGAUGUAAUCCUUUUUCUUCCCUCCUUGCAUAUUGUGAGUUGGAGAAGUAGGAUCAGAAAAAAAAACUUUGUACUAAACCAAAGGUGCGUGUUUCUGUUUGUAUUUUGUUUACAUAAUUUUAAUCUAGGUAUUUUUCAAGGACAGAGACAAAAAUCCCACUCAGAAGAAUCCACAGGAUCCUGUUCUGUUUUAUCCAUCCCCUGAAAGUCAAAGGUGCAGGAUCCAGGUCUUCAGUUACACAGAAAUGUUGCCAUUCUGCAUUUUUUUUUUUGCAGGGAGGGUUCAGAUUUAGACCAUUCUGAAGUGCUGAAAGAAUUAUCAACUUGGAGUUCUUAUGGAUGGCACUGCUGCUGCUCUGUGACUGGAGUGAAAUGCUGGGGGCCCAUUGUUUCACCCUUGAUAAUAUGCUGGGUGGAGCAGUUUUCUUGUUGACCUUCCCAAAGAGCAGAGGCUCUGCUUCUCUGAGCUUUUCAUCACUUGACAGUCUUGUCUUCCAAAUCUCUUACUGCAUCUCAGGUGGCAGGAAAACACCCAAGAACCAAUGACUAGUGAUUUCUGAGAUCAUAUCAACUAAGCAGUUCAGUAUGAGCCAUGGGCGGGAGGGGUCAGUGAUCUCCUUAAAUGGAAAUGAGAGGUUAACACGUUUCCAGAAAUGACCUGAUUUGCUCAUUUGUAAUACUUUACUUUGGCCCUCAGGGGCUUUUUCUAAUUAAACCUUUUAUCUUGUGAAUGGAUCUCUUUUCUCUCAUCCUGGUCCCCAACAUAAGGUGGGAGGAGUGGGGGAAUGUGGCAUGUCAGCCCUUAUCCACUGUCUUUUCACCUUCUGGUACCCAGGAAGGUACAAGUAAAGGGCAGGACAUGAAAUGACCUUAGUAUUGUGGAGGGUAUUUUUCUUCCUCCCAUUUGUUGGUUUGAUGUGAUCCUCCGUUUGGCAGGUGGUAGGUCAGUGUGAAGGGAAGGCUAUUGGGGAGGGAGGAGGAUGUCUAAACCUUUGAACCAUCCUCCUCUACUGCUUCACACUGCCAUUUUCCCAUCCUGUACAAAGGAAAUAGCAUUGCUGUGUAUUUGUACUCUGGACUUCUGUGUGUCUGCUCUGGCAGACGGUAAACCCUUGUACAGUAGAUCUAGCUGCAUGUAAUCUGUAUGGACAAUGGCAUUAUAAAAUGCAAUAAAACUAAAUUACCUAU